GCUAAGUGUAAACACCUACAAUGGAGGAAGAAGUAGCUAGUGGGGGUGAUAAUAUAGUCACCGAAUUCUCUACGUACGAAGACUUUUUGGACUCACAGAUUACAAAAGCUGAUCUUUUCUUUUUAGAGGUGUAAUAUUUUUGUUAAGUGCCGGCAUAGGCCUAACUUUUUUAAAUAUAUUUCCCGAUUAUCCUGAACCUGUUUCUUUACCUACUCAUAACAUAAAUACUAGAUACUCGUUAGUCAUUAGUUUUAAUUUUUAAAUUAUUCAAUUCUUAUGGCUUAACAUUAAAAUAAUCAUUUACAUUGUAACUGUGGAUCUCUAACCGUAAGUCUGGUCGAACAUAUUAUUGUUAUGUCUAUUUUCUUAAAGGAUAUUAUCCAAAGAAAUUAUAAAACGUGUUAAGUGUGUAUAACACUCAAUUUUUAUUCAAAGGACUUGGAGUUGGCCAGACAACUUGUUGAGCUUGGCUAUCGUGGAAGUGGAGAGGUGCUAAAGAGAGAGGAGUUUGAAGCAAGAAAACUUGCUGCAGAAGCCAGCAGACUUUCUAAAAGGAGUCAACAGAAGUAAGUACCAGCACUGGUGCGACUACAGCUGAUUUGUGGCUGCUGUCUUCCAGCUUAGGUGGCUGGGUUUUUUUAACUCAAACUCAGGGUUUUUUUUAUGGCAGAGAAUAUCUAAUUUACUUACACUACAACUAGCUAUUCCCCCAAAGAUGGAGACUACCCCAGAUGAACAGAACCUGCUACCGCUUGGUAAGGAAGCAGAGCAGCACUACUGGGAAGACAGAACUGUGAAUGAUUUAAUUACAGCUUACAUUAGGCCUACAUGUUUUUUCAAAUUAAUUUACCUGUAACACUAUUAGCAAAUGUGAGGUAACAAAAUUAAAGAAAAUAAACAGUUCAGUCACUGUUUAUAACAGUAUUUUACUCAAUGAUAUCUUCAACCAGUGGGCAUUAGGUGGUUGUAAUGAUAUCUUCAACCAGUGGGCAUUAGGUGGUUGUCAUGAUAUCUUCAACCAGUGGGCAUUAGGUGGUUGUAAUGAUAUCUUCAACCAGUGGGCAUUAGGUGGUUGUAAUGAUAUCUUCAACCAGUGGGCAUAAGGUGGUUGUAAUGAUAUGCUCUGAUUUGGUGCAGUUUCAUCAGCUUAAAAUUAUUUUUUACAAUUAAUAAAAAAGUUAGUAUUUGUUUUUUUAUUCAUUUCUUUUUACUUUGUAAAAGUAUUUCCGUUUCAGUAUGUGGCAAUGUGCCACUAUUUUAACUCCAUUUAUAAAACAUUUUAUAUGCGGUAGUAUGCCACAGAUAGAAAUAAGAGAAUCCCCUCUCAUGGUGCGACUGCUGUGGGUAACCCCAAACACGUACAAAUCCAUGGUCAUUUAAAGUAACACACAGCUGUGUACUGGGCCUUAAAUUUUAUGUUUGGCUAUUUACAUGGGGGAAUAACCAUCCCUGCCCCGGGGUUGACCCAUGAUCAGCUUGUGACACGGGUUCCCUGUGACUGUGUGCGAUAGAAGGGGGCGAAUUGGGACUUGGAGUGUGUACAUUUUUAGAUUGUGGUAUGGAAUAGAUACGUCGGGUCGGCAACAGGUGUGAGAGAUUUUACUGUCAGCUCUGUCAACAGAUUGUACCUAAGAUUAAUUAAAAAGCUAUAGUUCUCAGACCUGAUUGUUUUAUUGUGAUUUUUUUAAAACUGUAAGUCAGGUCACCACUCGGCUACAAGUAUUUGUAAUAAAAUUUACCUUACAUUGCAUAUCUGACAGACAGUAUAUAGCACUUAAAUAUGAAUUUUAUUUCUGUUAGCUAUGAAGGGAGAGAACUGUUAGUGUGGGUCUAAGUCUUAAAUUCCCAUUGUUUUUAAACAAAAAUACAAUAGCAUAUAUCCCUCCAGUUUGGAGUAAUAAAAUUUAAUUAACUUAAAUUUAAAAAGUACAAAUACAGAAGAAAUGCUAUGCAUUCUUAACAUAAAUAACAAUAUAUUUUAUGUGACCAUCAGGACACUUGCAAGUGAUGACAAAAUAAUCAAAGAACCACUUCUUCAAGCCCUCGCUGCCAGGGAAGCCGGAAAUAGAAAUGGGAAAAUGACUGUAAGACCCUUGACAUCUGUAGCGGUUCACUGUUUACUUGAGAAUUUUCAUUGAUACUUAUUACAAUGAGACCUCAUCCGUGAAUUGUGAUUAAAUACAUAUUAUUCCCCUCUAUCAUCAAGCAUUUAAUCCUAGUUAAUUAUUUCAGACUCAUUGGAUAAAAGUAGUACCAUAUUUUAACUACGGUAACCAAAAAAAAAAAGUUAAUAUCAAAAAAAUUAAUAUGGUAACUUUAAUAAAAGAUAUUUUAAGUAUUUUUUAUUUUUUAACACCCCGCUCCAACUGAUCCCCCUCCCCAUUGCUGUGCCAUGACUGUUAGUUUUAUCUAAAACAUAACUUUUGGACUAGAGCUCUGCAAUUUUCAACAUGCAAACAUAUGAUUUUAAACAUAAGGUCCUGAAUUUCGGAAGACUUAAAAUUAAAAGAGCACCUUCUGUGUAUAUAUGCCUGAGCAGUCAUUGAUUCUAAAAAUUUUGGUUAGCAUGGCAUAAUUAGAAACUAAACAGAAACAGUGCAUGAUUCCCUCACAAAGUGGCACUUGCAAUCAGUGAAAUAUCCUCAUCAACACCAGGCACAGAAGCAUAGCAAAGCACCUCUACGUACAUAGGAGCCAAAAUGAUCAAUAAAUUGAUCUUGGCCCCUUAAUAUAUAGAAGAAGAAGAAACAAAUUUCCAUGUAACUUAACAUAUUUAUUUCUUCCUCAAUAUUCUUAGAGUUUAAAAAACAGGUCUGUGGGUGUAGGUAAGGGUUGGGAUUCAUAAAUAGAUACACAUGCAGUGGUCCCAAUUUAAUAUGUGCCUUAAGAUAUAUCAAAGAUUAAAAUUCAACUCUAGACCUUUCUGAAAUUCUUUGCAGCACUAUGUUUUAGCUGCACUGGGAAGAUCUGGCAACGACCCUUAAUAUACACAUAAUUAUGUGAAAAUACAUAUUUUUUAACCUAAUGAAAUGUCCAUGAAAAUUAACUUUAAAAUUAUUUACACACACUCAUCAGAUAUUUAUACCUUAUUUCAGUCCAUCAUUUUUAUAAGAGAUCAGAAUGCUAGAGGCCAGGAGAUCUCAGGAUACAUAGACUAUGCCUACAGACUCAAGACAGAGGAUUUUGAGCCAUAUUUCAGUGGCAAAAAACGGCUCCUACCACGUCCUUCUGACCUAAGGUCAGCCAUUGUAACAAAAAGCAAAAUUUUUAAAAAUUAACUAAUGCAUUGUCACUAAGCAAGAAUCUAUCCUACAUGGGUCCAAAACAGGAAUAUUUAAAAAAUGAUUGUAUUUUCCCUACUGGUGUGUAUUACCUGCUGGUGUGGAAAUUCAAUGUCUGAUAUUAAACACCGCAUAAACAGACUUAUCAAGAAGCUAGGAACAUAACACAAACUAAACAUCCUUCACUUGAAGAACUGUUUGAAGAAAGAUGUUAUUGUAAACUUAACACAUUUUGGAUGAUACAUCCCACCCUCUUCAUCACAGAUACUUAGGAUCGGCCCAUUCAGGAUGAAUUCUUACGGUAUGAAUUCCGUCAGGGCGAGGACUGAAAGAUAUAAAAAUUCUUUUGUUCCCCAAUCUGAAUGAAUUUACCAGCUUGCUCCCCCUGAAGUCAAAAAUCUUAAUGAGAACUAAUUUGGUUCUUUAUUUUUUAUCAGUAGUAAAAUUAAGUUAGCAUGUCCUAGUGUUUUAGCUGCCAUAAUAAAUUGCCUUAUACGAAAGUACCUUAUUCAUGAGUAUCUCUUAAUUUUUAAAAACAAAAAUUUCCAAGAAAAAUCAAGUAAAUUUUAUAAAAUUCACUUUUCCUAGAAAUUUCAAAAUAACAUAUAUUUUCUAGAAUUGACAAAAUUUCCCCAAAAUCUCAAUGCGCUUUCAGCUUCUACAACUGGGAAACAGCCACAUCUACCUCCAACCCUACUCCCAACUACCAAGUGAUUGCUGAGAAUGCUUCAGGUCUGCUCUUCAAAAACAAGAGGGACAGAAAAAUAAUCAAUGUUGAUCCAAAGGUGAGACCCUGAACAUCAUGUCAUAUGUGGUGUUUACAUGGCACAUCAUCAUGUUAUCUGUGGUGUUUAUAUUGUCACAUCAUCAUAAUCAUCUGUGGUGUUUACAUGGCACAUCAUCAUGUCAUCUGUGGUGUUUAUAUGGCACAUCAUCAUGUCAUCUGUGGUGUUUAUAUUGUCACAUCAUCAUGUCAUCUGUGGUGUUUAUAUUGUCACAUUAUCAUAUCAUCUGUGGUGUUUACAUGGCACAUCAUAUCAUAUGUGGUGUUUUCAUGCCACAUCAUCAUAUCAUGUGUGGUGUUUACAUGGCCCAUUGUCAUAUCACAUGUGGUGUUUACAUGACACAUCAUAUCAUAUGUGGUGUUUACAGACACAUCAUCAUGUAAUUUUGUAAUCAUUUGUUUAACAAAUGACAUGAGAUUUGUGGGACGUUGUUAAUGUAUCUAAACUCUUUACGUGUUUGUUGUGUCCAUCCAGGCCCCUAAUCCAGGGGAUAACUCUGAGCGUCAUGUGAUCAACACCAACAAGUACAUCCAAGUGGUCAUCUACGAUCACAUCAACCGGAGGAAGACAUGAUGAAUAAUUUAAAAUUGUAUGUGAUUUUUAUAAAUGUUAUUGUGAUAGGAGUCUUACUGUUAAAAUAACUUAUAUGAUGUUAGUCAAAUAUAACAUUUCUGAAAUCAGUAACAAGCAAUGAAUUUUUUAAUAUUAAAAUGAUUUUUUCCACUUAAAACAACUUGUUACCUUUUAAAGAUUAAAUGUAAAUAUUGUAACACUACAAAAAGGUUGUUUGUUCAACAUUGUAAAUCUAUUAUCAAGACCUUUAAAGCAGGGGAGAGAAACCUGUGGCUGCUGAAACAUUUAAUGCAGUUUGCAAGACCUUCAAGGAACAUGAUUGUUUUUGUAAAAUACACAAAUUGUGAAUUUUUAUCUGCUUUGAAACGUUAAUUACCGGGUACCUGAGUUGUCCCAUUGUCAAACUGUUUUAACAAUAAUAACAACAAACUUUUAAGUUACUCCACUGCUGAUAUUCAAACUCAUUUUAAUAUUUUGGCUAGAUAUGACUAGACCUUACUAAGAUUCCUAGAAAAUUACCAUGCAGUCCACCAAAAAGAAAGAGAGAAAGUCCAUGAGGCCCUUGCACAAAAAGGUGGCUUUGUGCAAAUGGUAGUAUUCACAAGAUUGGGCAGAUGUCAUUAAAAUUGAAAGUCUAUGGGUGCUUUUGAAAAUUUAAUCAUUUUAAACAUUGAGGUUUUCAAACUAAAUUAUACAUUUUAAGGCCCACUUCACUGGGACUAUGUAGAGUCGAGGUAUCAAAGUAGAAAAGACGAUGGUCGUGAUCAGUUUCUUUUAAGUUUUCAUUGAUGAAGGAAAGGAAGUUGUUGAUUUAAUUUCCAAUUAGUGUGUUCUUUUCAGUAUCAUAUAUAAACUUGAAUAGUGUUUUUAAUUUAAUCCAACUUUUUCCCCAUAAAAAUAACCCAUGUCAUAAAUGAUAAAUUAAAUACUAAAUAUCUCUCACAGUUAAUGAUUACAAAUUAGGAAACAUUUUCUUUUUCAGAAUUCAUAUCAAAAUUUCAGUUUAAUUUCUCAAUGAACUCUGAGCAAACAACAGACAUGUUUGCCCUUACGCUUUCACCAUAGUAACUACGUUUUUAAGCCUAAGAAGAUGGCACUACAACAAACCUAUUUCAGCAGUUUUUUUCGGUUGUUUGGUUUAUUUUUUAUUUAAAAAACUUUAAUUGGGGUGUUUUCAGUAAAAGAUUGUUUAAUAAAUUUUUUUUGUGUUAACACCGUAAGCAAUCGGUAAGCAAUCGCAUAAAAACAACAGUGAUUGGCUUUUGCGGUCUUGAUCUUAAUGAGCCAACCAGAGUAUUUUUCUUUUACAUGGUGGGUUAAAGUUGUCUGCUCAAUUCUCCUAUCAACAUAUUCAGUGGUAAGUUAAGGAUACAAUUAAGUAAUUAAAAUUAAUUAUUUUCAUGUAAUUGUUCCAGCUUUUAAUUGUUAGGUAGCAAUUUUAAAUAGAAUAAAACUAUGUCUAUGUCAAUUAUGAGUCCCUGUUUAAAAAAAAAUGGCUGGUCUAUUGUCUACCAAGUACCAAGUCUUAGACUAACUUCCCACUAAGCCAAGCCUACUUUUUUCAGCUUUCUCGUAAGCCUAAUGAUGAUAAGACAAAUUCAAAUAACAGUAAUAAUAGAAAUAGAAGCUUACGGUAUGAGUCGUAGUUUUAUCCUAUGCUAUGAUUUUGAUAGAAGUAGAGGAAUUUGAAUUUUAAAUUUAACAUACUAUAUGCGAUCACAAUACGUUGUUAACUUAGCAAAAGACUUUUUUAAACUUUUUUAUCUAGCCUUAAAAAUUAAAGGCUUACGUUAUUUUAUUACAUUAUUAUUUUCGUAGUUCACUAAGAAUAAAGCAAAAUUAACACUGAAUGCCACCUUUUCAAUUUUCAUUGUUCAAAUUGUUCUUGAUACCUCUUCUUCCACACUUUGCUGGUUCAGUGCUACAUCAUAGGCCUGUUUUAUUGCCUCUACCAUAUAAAUACUGGUAUAAUUAGUAUAAUAGUCUAUACGAUGUAUGACCCUCUUAUGAUAAUAUAUUAAUUCUUUUUUGUUUCUAUAUUCAGGAUCUAGGGUUAAUAAAAUAAUGCCCAACAGAACAGCAACUAACCUUUAAAUUAAUUAAAUACUGUUGAUGCUUAGUAGAGCAACCAACUGUUAAAGACUGAUGUUGGUUAGGAGAGCAACCACGUUUGAACAAGUCAUCACCGCUAACUCUAUUAGAUUUAUUGAUAUUAAGCAUAUUUGCAGGAGAGUCCUCAUGAGCCAUCUGGUGACCAAAAUGUUUUUAAAAAGUCAAUCAUCUGUAUCACCCACCUCAGAUGUCUACUUAUGGAUCUUCUCAGUCAAGCUCUUAAUUUAUGUGUUCAAACAUUAAAUUCUGCUUACAGAGAUUUCAUAGACACUAAAUUGUGUUUAAACUAUCUGUUAAUUUUCCUCACACGAAAAACAUAUGGACUCUAUGUAUGAAAAGAUGUUUUCUAUUUGUGGUAGCUAAAUCCUUGUUAUGGAAUCCCACAGAAACUAGAAACGUUGCU